GUAUUACUCGGGGGCUCUUCAAAGCUUGGGGGGAAAAAGACGGAGGAGUUGUAGCGGGGAGGUUGUGCGGAUUGGAAGCGGUCAGGUUGGGAAAGGGUUGUGGAUGGCGCUGCAACUCGUUGCCCACGUGAGGGUAAAAUCUGGGGAAUGCAUCAAAGUGAAAGGCAAGGUGGCACCUGAGGCCGAGAGCUUUGCCCUCAACCUGGGCCAGGACGAGUCGAACCUGAUCCUUCACUUCAACCCUCGAUUUGAUUUCCGUGGGGACAUCCGGACCAUCGUGUGCAACUCCAAGGCCGAUGGAGAUUGGGGCACAGAAUUGCGAGAGUCAAGGUUCCCUUUCCAGCAUGGAGAAGAGACUAAGCUGUGUGUCUCUUUUGAUGCCGAAGAAAUAACAGUGGAGCUGUCUGAAGGGCAGGAACUAAGAUUCCCCAAUCGGUUGGGCCUGGAGGCUGUGGACUACUUCUCUGUUACUGGCGAUCUUGAUGUUAAGUCGAUCAAGUUUAAGUGACCUUCCUUGGCAUCAUAGCUCUUGCUUCACAUCUUAAAGGACAACUUACAUGAGUAAAAUGAGAACAGGAUCCUCAGCAGAUUGUGUCCUUCCAGUUUCUUUUUUUGUUUCAGUAGUUACAUUAACUACAGUAUAACUUGAUCAUUUCUUGCCCGUUACGUUCCAAGAUUUGUUUGCCCUCUGGAUAACAAACCUCAAAGUUCCGACAACUGUGUAGAGUUCAGAACUUGGAAAUGUUUUGGGAUUUAUUAUUAUUUUUUGAACUGCAGUUCCCAGGAAUCUGGGAGUUGCUUUCUAAAAGUAACAUUUCUAUUCUUUAGUACAGGUUACAGUUGAGGUUUGGGCCAUUGGGAACAGGCUGGUUGCUUAAUACCAAUUUGGGAAAAGUCUCAAGGACCACCUUUAAGCAGCGGAUGAAGACAAGGAUAUGGGACAAAGCUCAGAAAAUUGGGCCUGGUUAGAUGUAACUUUCACCGAUUAAAGACAUUCCUCUGCCCAAGCAUUGCUCGGUUCUGUCCAUAACUAGUACAGUGGUGCCUCACAUAGCAAGGUUAAUCCGUUCCGGAUUAACCUUCGCUAUGUUGAAGCAUCGUUGA